AUGGAAUUUGUGGUGUAUGAAGACCAGGUCAUGUCUCAAGAUGGUAUGGGAGGCUACUCCAUAUCGGAGCAUCGCGUGGACGGCCCGGAUGAUGGCAUGUCUCUCUCAAGGGUCUUCCGGGACGACGGGACGGUCCAAUCAGGGAUGGCUGUUCCGGCAUGUCUCCAAGACUGUGGAAGUCCUUGGGCAAUUGACGGGAACUAUUUGACGACACAUGGCUUAGACUGUUCAGUUGCCGAAAUUUUCCUCUGCGGUCAAGGUGUUGAUUGGGCGGUAGCUGUUCCCGGAUGUUCAUUUGCGAUGGAGCUCAGGCCUCGAGAAGUUGGUUGUGCUCAAUGUAAGGCAGCUCGCAGUUUGCAAGACGAACGGAUGCGACGUGAUGAUGGAAAGUGUCUAGUUGAACUGGGAACAUUAGGCAUAGAACAGGAUGAAUUUGUGUUCUAG